GCUGACUGUCCGUCUCAGGCGAGAUCCUGCCAAAUCAAGCCAUCAACCUCUCCAAAGACGUGAUAAACUGGUCAAGAUCUUCUUAACUAGGAAUUUAUUUGUAAUAUGAUAUUGUUACUACCACGCAGUAUCUCCACAUGCACAUCUGUAGAAGGGCUAUAUUUCUCUCGUCCCUAGACUACAGCAUACGCAUGCGCCGUAACACUACCGGGCUCCUCUGACUGCACGCGCGGAAACAGGAAGAAGGCUCAAAUCGGAAGCUUUGUGCGCAUGCGCAUUUGUGUCGGCUAGUGAGUGAUCCUUUCCGUCACUACUGUCUUUUGGCCACUUGGAGAGGCUGAACGGAAGUAGAUUAUUACAGGCUGUUCAUUGUGUGUUUGGUUUAUAUCUGCACCUGGGCAAGUACUUCAGGCUGGUGGAAGUUUUACGAUGCCAGAGCGGGAGCCCUGGUAGUCUGCUGCAACCAAAACAACAGACUGCUGAGGCGACUAAAAGCUAACAGGGUCUGUGGUGACAGACGUUUCUGUGGAGUAACGCUCUGAGCGCAGUACUCCACGGCACUGGUUAGUGCCAAACCGCUGUUUUUUUUGUGUUUGAAGUCAUGCCACUGAAUGCAAACCUGUCACCUGCAAGAGCCAGUGUUACCUCUGUGGUAGUUCCUGUUGGGGAAUUUCCUGCUGAAGAAAACCCUACAAGUCUGCAUUCUUUCUAGAAGGGCAGUUAAGACCAUUUUUAUUGAGCUAUGGAAGACAACAGCAGAAUUGAGUGCAUAUUUUUCAGUGAAUUCCAUCCCACACUUGGACCUAAAAUAACAUACCAGGUGCCCGAAGAUUUCAUUUCUCGAGAGCUCUUUGAUACAAUUCAGGUAUACAUUAUUACUAAACCGGAAUUGCAAAACAAGCUAAUUACAGUUACAGCUAUGGAUAAAAAACUAAUUGGUUGCCCAGUUUGUAUUGAGCACAAGAAAUAUAGCCGGAAUGCUCUGCUCUUUAACCUCGGCUUUGUUUGUGAUGCUAGAGCUAAAACCUGCGCACUGGAACCCAUCGUGAAGAAACUGGCAGGUUAUCUCACAACUCUAGAGCUUGAGAGUGGCUUCAUCUCCAAUGAGGAAAGCAAGCAAAAGCUGAUACCAAUAAUGACCAUCCUGCUUGAGGAACUGAAUGCCACUGGCAAAUGCACUCUGCCAAUAGAUGAAUCAAACACCAUUCACCUGAAAGUGAUUGAGCAACGCCCAGAUCCCCCCAUUGUGCAGGAAUAUGAUGUUCCUGUUUUCACCCAGGAUAAGGAUGACUUCUUCAAUUCCCAGUGGGACCUCACCACUCAGCAGAUCCUGCCAUACAUUGAUGGCUUUCGGCACAUUCAGAAAAUUUCAGCUGAAGCAGAUGUGGAGCUCAAUUUGGUUCGAAUUGCCAUCCAGAAUCUGUUAUACUAUGGAGUAGUGACUCUCGUUUCCAUACUUCAGUAUUCAAAUGUGUAUUGUACUACUCCCAGAGUUCAGGAUCUGGUAGAUGAUAAAUCUCUCCAAGAAGAAUGCCUCUCAUACAUCACAAAGCCAGGUCAUAAACGAGCAAGUCUGAGAGAUGUUUUUCAGCUGUACUGUGGACUGACCCCUGGCACAACUGUUAGAGACCUCAUUUGUCGCUAUGCAGUCCAACUCCAGAGAGUAGAUGAAAGGAAGCUCAUUCAGUUUGGUUUGAUGAAAGGUCUUAUUCGGCGGCUUCAGAAGUAUCCUGUGAAAGUUGUGCAGGAUGAAAGAAGCCACCCAGCACGGCUCUACACAGGCUGUCACAGCUAUGAUGAAAUCUGCUGUAAAACAGGCAUGAGCUACCGGGAGUUGGAUGAGAGGCUGGAAAAUGAUCCCAAUAUAAUUGUUUGCUGGAAAUGAAUCAGUCCAAGAAAGCAGAUGCUUCUUCAUCAUGCCCUGUAAACAAUUGCUUGAACUACCUGGGACUCUGAGGUGGCACCAGGAUCUUUUGGAGAGCAGCACUGCUUUUGUUGCAUGAGAUUGUGCAUCUUUUCAGGCCGAUGUUGCUUGGAAAGAAUGAGUGAGGUGGACUUGUGUUGCUAACUGAAGACAAAGUAUGCAUCUCAUUUCUCUGAGAGGAAAACUACAUGUUAUACUUAAUUGCAUGUAAUGAUGUCCCAAUAGCUGUUAUAAAAACAAACAACAGGAGGCCUGAUGUUAAGCAAACCAAUUGUGGAAUGGAUGGGUGCUUAAUUUACAUUUUUUUUUCUUUUUUUUGAAAUAAACAAUUUUUAUUAGUAACAUAUGGUAGCAAUUAAUUUACAUUUCUUGUUUCCAACUUUUCCUACCCUAAUACAUUCCCUAUGGGUUAGACAUGUAUGUGGAACCCCAUGCUAGGAAAAGCAGGUUGGGGAAAUGGGAACAUUGGGACCAGAAGAAUGGCUGAUGUAGAAGAGGUUAGGCAUUCGUCCACACAGCCAGCCUUCCAAUUGUGCCUUCCCAAUGCUGCUUUUCAGUUAAAAAAAUCUAGGGGGUGGCUUCAUUUCACACAUUUGUAGAUUGUUCUUAAAAGUUUGAAAAUACUAAUCUGUUGCUGCCUCUACCCUCUAUGCCUUUAGGUGCAUGUUCAUUUGCUAUCUAUGGAAGUGACUUCUGGAAACUGUUCCAUUUAAUGUGAAAGAUCAAGAUGGCUCAGCUUCUUUGAAACUUUUUACAGUGUUCACUGUCCAUUCUUGCCCUUUUUACAAUCAAAAGGACGCAGUUCAAAUAUCUGUUGUUAUGAGUCUUGCAGUAAUACUAUGUUCAUGCCUGCAGCAAAGCACCAAAUGGAAGAUUUAUUGUAAUAAAAUUACACAAAUGAAGCAGAAAA